GUCACAAGAGCGGCCACGUAGGAUGAGUCAGAAACUCAUGAAAACACGUCAAGAAAAGGGCUCGUAUGACGUCUUUAGGGUAGAACUGGAACUUUUUAUCACCGGAGAGUCUUAAAGGAACGUUUCACUCACCUAAGGAGACCGGAGCCACCUGGAAAAUCUUUAAGAUGAACCAAGGAAAAGACGCCGGGAAGGACGAAGUGGCCUGGUGGUUCAAGAUUCUAGGAAGAUGUGUCGGCGCGAUCGCUGCGUUAGUCUGUAUGGGGAUGGGCAUCUGGGCGUGCGUCUCUUUACAUCCCACCUGUAUAGUAGCAGGAGUCAUCAUGGUAUGUCUAGGGUUUCUAACCAUGGUUUUGGAAGCUCCGAUCUGCUGCCAGUUCUUUGACGGGCUGGACAGACUAGCAGCCUGGAUUGGGAACCUGAAGUACAUCUACAAGGCCAUCCUGUACUGUGUGUUGUCCAUAUUUCCCAUGAUGCUGUGCUUCGAGAUGAGCACAGUGUUUGGUUCUGGCCUCGUCUUCGUGACGGGCGCCAUAUAUGGAGUCAUGGCACUGGGCAAGAAGGGCGGUCAGGCUCGGAGACCAGAAGACGUGGAGAUGAACCAGAGACUGACGGAGACAGAGGAGCCGGUCGCCACCACGCCGCCGGAGGGGACAUAACGGCGAUCCUGCUGAUAGUGUGUUCUUCUUAACUAACAGGAAGGUUGAGAUUUACAUGUAGCUAUAAGGGAAAAUUUUACUAUUCAGGAACUGGUGUAAAGACUAGAUAUGUUCUUCUUUACUUAAAGGGGAAUGUUAGCCUCCUUAGCAAGCUUUGAGACUGGGGCUUUUUCAGUGCUCAGAAAUGUAUUUUGCCCUCUGUCUUGGUUGAGUGAUGGUCUGAUGUAGAUAUUAUUCCUUCAAGUAGAUGUAGAUGGCCUCUUUGACUCCUCUCAAAGAGUAGUCCUGUUCAGUGUCAAUACUUUUACUAGUAUUUACCAAACUGAGAUGAACGUUCAUGUGAUUAACAAUCUUACCAUAAUAAUUGCUUCCUGAGCUCUUCUGCAAGGGUUGUGAUAUGUUAGCUGGACAUUUCAAGUAAGGUUCCACUAUUACUUCAUGUAUAUUCUAGCAUUGGUAUCAGAACAGACUGUUCUUUCUUUGUUUCAGUUUUAUGAAUUUGAGUGUUCAUAUGGUGGCUGUUCCAAUCUGACAGUUUUGUAUGUAUCUAAUAUGCUUCAUUUUCAUUGUCAUACAAAACAAUAAUAUUGAGUAAUCACCUUAUUCUGCAGUAUCAAAAUGUUAUUUAUUGUAGAUAUGUGUAUGUUAUAUAUAUAUAACGUUUGAUUUUUGAUAGAGAUUAAUCAUAUACAUUGAUGGCAUAUAUAAACAUAUUAAGUAGUCUGUUUGGAUUCCAUGAUACAUUAUCACUAAUACAUGAGCUACAUUUGAAUUACUGGUUCAUAGUUUUUGAGCAGCGUUUUGAACCAAAGUUUCUACAUUGUAACUUUGUAUUUUGUACAUUGAAGUUAAAGUUAAGUUAUGUGUUGUUUAAGGUUUGUUGGUCUUUCAAAAGGUGUGCAUAUUUUAGUGUUAUAUAAGGUGAGUUAGCAUUCUGUAUAACACCAGUUGAUAUUUGCAAUGUUGUUAAUCUACUGUAUUAGUUUCAAUGAACACUUUUAAUGAAGAAUUCAAUAUUCCAAAGUGAAGAAUGUAUAAUGCUUUGAUUGACCUUUGGUAACUUUAGUGCAAUAAAUAGAUAUACUGUACGUUUGAUGAAUAUACAUGACAUUCUUUACUAGCUAGUUUAAAGAAUAUGUUUUCAUAGUUGUUGUAUAAUGUUAUGUACAUAGAAAUAUAUAGUAUUUACAUAUAUACAUGCUGCACUGGUUAAAGUACUUUGAUAACUACUAUAUUUACAUUUUGGAAGUAUUGCCUAAGCACCGUAGUCUCUACCAGGCUUCAGAGGCGGUUGGAAACUGGCCAAAUAGACAGAUUGCCAAAGGA